AUGCAGUCGGACAUGCUGGCCAAUGAAGGCGCGGACGGCAAUAGUUGGGCAGACGAGUGCCCUAUAGAAGCGGAUGUCUCGAUGGAUCAGCUGGAGGCAGACGUGCUGGACUUUCAAUAUGGCGGCGCACCUUCCUCCCCCGCGUCCUCCACCCCUGCGCCCCCCUUUCCCCCUUCCCCUGCGCGCGAGCCUUCACCUCCUCGCCCCUACCCUUCGCGAGACGGAAGCGGUGACUCUAAGCUAUGCUCUGGUGUCUCGGACGGCCAGCAGGUUGCGUCAGGCGCGGCUAACGCCAAUCCUGCACCAGCGUUGUGCCAGAUCAUUGCGCUCUUGCGUACCCUGAUCAGUACUCUCCCUUUGGGUCCUCAAGCCCCGGUUAUAUCGGCUCUUUUGGACUCCAUUGUGGAGCUUGUACAGGCCAGCCUGGGCAGUGGUUCGGCUGAUGCCAAACCUGCGGGUUCCACCCCAACCUUGCCCAUCCAAAGACGGUCGGUUAACCCUGGAGUGGUUACGGCUCGUCAGGCCAAAGCGCAACGUGCGAAGGCCGGUCCUGCCACUGGGCAGCCGCGCCAGACCACUGCCGCACCUCCGAGACGCCAGGCCCCAGCUCCUGUCGACAAAGACGGGUUUACAGUGGUCACUGCACGUCGUGCGCCUAAGUCCUAUGCGACUGCGGUCAGCGGUAACGCUGGCCCAGCUCGUGGCGGACAGAAGCCACGCGUGCAGCAGGCGCCUAACCCGUUUGCGUCGGCAGCGAAAAAGGCUACCACUAGUGGUAGCCGGCCAGUGGUAAUUAUCAGGCCUACGGGUCAAAAUCCUGCGCCUCUGAGCAAGGCGCAGUUUUCGGCUCUUCGAGUAGCUGCCCUUCAGGCGCUACCAAAGGAGAUUGUCGUUACUGGCGUCUUCCGAGUAGGACAGGUUGGUAUCGGCCUAAGCAUCCGUGAUGCGGCGGCCGUACCAAGUGUGAUUAGCUGUGUCGCCGCUAAGUUGACCGGCUACAGCUGCUCUAAGAAGCAGACGCGCUUCCCGCGCAUUAUCUGCUUUGGAGCAGCAGUGUCCAGAGACAUCUCCGCGGCAUCACUUGAAAAAGUGAUCCGCGAGGAAAAUGCCUCUGUUUUUACAGGCGACAAGUUCCGAGUGCCGGAGAUCCAUGGCUUCUGCCGCGGUCGCAGCUGCGACACGGCAUUGGAGAGGAUCGUCGAAGCCUACAAGAGUGGAAUGGGAAAGAAGGAGCUCAACCGUCUAGGAGUGCCACCAUACUUGGUGCGCACCCUUAGGUCAUGGCUUACCGGACAGCAGGUACACCUAGAGUUUGGCGCCGACGAAGCCUCGGUGGUCCUUCAACGGGGAGUGCCACAAGGGUCCGUCUUAGGACCCUUGUUGUACUCCAUCUCGACGCUAUCCUUAGCUUCACUCCUGCGACCGAUUGAAGGCCUCAUCAGCACCUUUUAUGCUGAUGAUAAGACGCUGGUCUUGACUACCAAGGGAAAGAAGGACUUCCUGACGAAGUGGAACUGCAUAGAGUUCUUUAUCACGCUUUGGGGAAAGGCCUCUGGCCUGACCCUUUCGCCUAGUAAGUGUGCUUAUAUGUGUCGUUCCAAGCUACAGGUCCCAGCGCUCUUCAUUGACGGAGGAGCCAUCCCAAGGGAGAAGGUCGUGAAGAUCCUCGGCCUAUUCGUCGACCAGAGACUGACCUUUGCGGUCCACAUCAGGAAAAAGUGUGCCGAGGCACGGAAACGGAUUGGACUGCUGCAAGCGCUUGGUUGGGAACGAGCUGGCUUGGACCAUCGUCGGAUUAUCCGCACAUGGCACCAAGCAGUUCUACCUUUCCUUGCCCAUGCGGCCUCCAUUUGGGCUCCUGUCCUUUCGGGCUCACCUAAUCUUAGUAAGAUCGUAGAUAAUCUUUCUGGCUUUGUAGCCAGAGUCGCCAUAAGAGCACCGAGGACGGCCUCUACAGCAGCAGUCACCAUGAUGGCAGGCAUCGUGCCGGCCAGUAUCAUGGUGCAGACCCUAGGAGCUAGAAGAUCGGCUGCCAUAGGAGACAACGAGGCUUUGAGGAAGGCUCCUGGCAUCGGUCUAGUUGAAGGAGGCUGGCUUGUCGAGAAGAGGACGCCCCAUCCCCUUCCUCCUUGGAUCCCUCCCCUCCCUACGACUAUUCGUCCAAGGAAGGAGGCGCUGAAGGAGGCAGUGGAAUAUGAGGCCCCGGCCAUCUUCACCGACGGCUCGAAGCAUGGCGACGGCGCUGGCGGCGCUUUUAUAGCGAUUAUUGAUGGCUCUGCUGUUGAGAAACAGUCAUUUCGGCUGCCUCGAUAUGCAACCAUACACCAAUGUGAACUGGAAGCGAUUCGUCGCGCUUUGAGAUGGAUCGCCUUCUCAGAGCACAAAGGUAAGCAAUGGCGUGUCUUUACCGAUUCUCAGGCAUCGAUAUUAACGAUCAAGAAUCGAGUGACGACCGAGCGUUCUGGCAUAGCCCAAGAUAUCGCUCGACUCUCCCUACUGGUCCGAGCCGACAUCCAUUGGUGUCCGGGCCAUGAAGGAGCCAGAUGGAAUGAAGAAGUCGACGUGCUGGCCAACAUCGGGCGGAAGGCUUUCUUCCCCUUGGACCGUUAUCCGUCGCCACAAGUCUCCACGGCAUUUAUUAAAAAGAUGGCUAAGGAAGCAGCUUCGGAGUCGACCCGCCAAUGGUGGAUUGACAAGAGGCGUACCCUAGGAACGUCAGUUAAAGACUUUCUAUGGGGCUACAGCCACGCCAAGCGCUAUUUGAAGGCUGGUCAUGCCCCCACACCGCACCACCGGUGUACGAUGGGCAUCAGAGCCGAUCCUUCCUGCCCCUGCGGCUGGGACAACGGAGAUGUGAAGCACUUAUUACGAGACUGUCCUUUAUUGGACGGUGCCCGACGCGACUCGAAGCUUUCGCGAGUUCUGCCGAAGGCGAAUUACAAGAUGAUCCUCGACCGUCGGUAUCGUCCUUCCCUACUGAAGAUGGCGAAGCUGACCUUCGAGUGGCUGAAGAAUCUCCGAGAAGCGGAGACUCAGCCUUAG